CCUCCAAUCAACGUAAUGGAGGAGCCAGUUAAGAAGAAGCAGCGCAUCGAGGUUAGCGCGGGCAGCAAAAACUUGCUCACCGACAUCGAGGAAUUGCAGAGAAAUCUACUUGCUCGAUGCUUAUGCAAUAUGCCGGAAAGCAGUUUGCGCAAGCCGUUCACCACCUUCACAGUGGAAGAAGCUGACGGUAGCAUCCGUUAUGCCGUUCUGUCUGACUGGGACACGGUUCAAAUCUUGGAAUAUCUUAGCGCCCUGCAGCUACUGUUCGACCUUGCCAUCAAGCAAAACACGAAAAAUGUUAUGUGCAAACGAGUGGCAGACGUCUGCGACGCAGUUGCGCGGAACGAGCACGGCAUCGUCGAUCAGAUUAUCGAUCUGUCUUACACGACCAACAAGUUCGUGUCGUAUGCAGCGAGUCGCGUGCUUGCAUCAUUCUUCAUUGUUACGAGAGACAAUGUAGAGACCGCCUGGCUGGAGAAACUCAUGCAGUUCCUAGUUAAUACACACUCGCCCAACCAGAUGCUGUUCACUUUGGAUGUUGUCAAGAGAGUGGUCGAGCAUAAAGACUGUAGUAUACAUCCAGAGGAUGGAGAUACAUAUGUGCCACCACCCGGUUGCAACACGUUUGUCAUCACCGACUUUGAUAGUACAACGGUCAAAGCGAUGUGUGUGAAGGCUCUCGAGUCUAAGUGGACCAUUCUUGUGUCCAAGUUCAAUGACAUUCUCGGGGCGUACACACCGCAACACGCGUCUGUUGUCAUCACGUUCCUGCAUUUAUGGGAGACGAUCAUCUCGGUCAAAGCCAAUCUUUCUGUCAUCGACACCAAGACGUUUUACUCGCAGCUAAACAAUCUCGUGGUAUUAUUGAAUGCCAACGUGCCAGGCGUAAUUUGGCGACAUUUGCUUAGACUCUUUAACGAGGUACUGUGCUAUGGUAGCACUCUGGCAUUACAAGAUGUACUACCGGACGAGCCAUGCUCCUUAGCGCACCUGAUCGUGCGCGCCGUCAAGGAUUGGCGUCUACUCGACGCGUUGCCGUACCGUCAUGGUUCUGGCAGGUUUGGUGGUGGCACCAGCGAGGGUGAUCGUCCUCUGCUGCAGAAAAUGGUGCUGUUAGUGCUGAAAAGCGUCGCCGUGACAGUACGGGAGACGCGCAGCGAUUCCAGUGACUCAUCCCUCGGUUCUGAAGUCGAGGAUCUCGACGAAGAUAUGGCGGUGAUCGAGAGGAGUAUCCGCGAGGUACUUCGUCAACUGGAUCAGUGCGUAAAGGCGUUGAUGCCCUUCCAUCCAGAGAUGCCACUGUCGCAAUGGGUCGUCCGGAUGUUUCAUGACCAGGAUGAUUUUCUCAUUGAGGGUAUGGUUUGCUGCCUGGAUGUUGCGGUGGGCUUAUUCUAUCGAGGUCCACCACAGAAUGAUCUAGGCCAGAUGCUCAGCCCUACAUUGACUUUUGUGCAAUUCAUCCAAGGUGUGUCGCACGAUCCGAGCAUUCUGCUGGAUCUUCUUGUCAGCAACGAGACUUGCUUUCUGUUGUAUCUCUUGCGAUUUCUCAAAUAUAUUAAGCGUAAUUGGAUUGAAUUCGUCAGGUGCUGCGGCCGUGAACUAGAUAACACCAUGACUAUACUGAUAAGACUACGACUAUCUAUUGAUCGGUUGGUGUCCAAGAAUCUGUUCCCCUAUAACAUUAUUCCGGUUCUUCGUCUACUUGAGAAAUGCGAGUCCUUUUACGAGGGUAACGUGGAGAACGGGUAAUCUCGUGUACAAACAUAAAAGAUGUUUGGAGAGAUUCGAAUCGUCACCAAGUCGACUGAGUUGUACAGAUUGCCGCAUACCGUCC